CUUAUUUUGGCUGCUUGGCUCAUCUCCCAGCCACCUUCAGUUGAAAUCAGCCAUUGAAACCGUCAACACCUAAGCUCUUUAGUUCUGGGUUCUACUUAAAUAUUGUUUCAAGAUUUGAAUCGAAAUCAAAAAUACAAUAGACAUGUUUGGCAAAAUAUUCUUAUUGGUGGCCGUGAUCUCACUAGCGUCGACAGCCACUCUGGAGAAAGGCGAGAGGGAAGAAGCUCUACAUUUCGGAUUUCAAACGGAAAAUGGCCAUCAAAGAACAGAGGACAUCAAAUACACAGUGAGGCCUGAAACAGAUACGGACCCCAAGGCAACGACUACUCCAAAACCUGUGGAAUACCGAGGGGGCUACAGUUUUAUCUCCGCGGAUGGCUAUGAGUAUCAGGUCCUCUACAAGGCCAACAAAAACGGAUUCCAGCCCUAUGUGACGGCCCACAAAAUCAAACCGGAUAAGAGCUAAAAAAAUCCACAUUUAUGUAUUUUCUUUGUUUUGUGAUAGAUGAUUAAAA